AUGAACGCCCUCGCCGCAACAAGCCGCAAUUUUCGCAACGCGGCCCGUAUUCUUGGAUUGGAUGCUAAGAUUGAGAAGAGUCUCUUGAUCCCUUUCAGAGAGAUCAAGGUGGAGUGCACAAUUCCGAAGGACGAUGGAAGCUUGGUUUCGUACGUUGGAUUCAGAGUGCAACAUGAUAAUGCACGUGGACCAAUGAAGGGAGGGAUCAGAUAUCAUCCUGAGGUUGAUCCGGAUGAAGUAAAUGCCCUGGCCCAACUUAUGACCUGGAAGACUGCUGUGGCGGACAUUCCAUAUGGUGGAGCAAAGGGUGGAAUUGGAUGCACCCCAAGGGAGUUAAGUAAAAGUGAGUUGGAGCGUCUGACUCGUGUCUUCACUCAGAAAAUCCAUGAUCUCAUUGGAACUCAUACUGAUGUUCCUGCACCUGAUAUGGGCACCAAUGCCCAGACAAUGGCAUGGAUUUUGGAUGAGUACUCCAAAUUUCACGGUCACUCACCAGCUGUUGUGACUGGAAAGCCCAUUGAUCUUGGGGGAUCACUAGGUAGGGAGGCUGCAACUGGACGCGGUGUUGUUUUUGGAACGGAAGCUUUACUUGCAGAAUAUGGGAAGUCAGUUAAAGAUUUGACUUUUGUUAUUCAGGGUUUUGGAAACGUGGGAUCCUGGGCAGCAAGGCUUAUACACGAGAGAGGUGGUAAGGUUAUUGCUGUGAGUGACAUCACUGGCGCAAUUAAGAACCCAAAUGGAAUUGAUAUCACGGAGUUGAUUAAGUACAAGGAAAACACUGGGAGUUUAUUAAAUUUCAGUGGUGGAGAUAACAUGGACCCUAAUGAACUGCUAGUACAUGAAUGUGAUGUUCUCAUCCCUUCUGCUUUAGGAGGAGUUCUGAACAGGGAAAAUGCUUCAUCUGUGAAGGCCAAAUUCAUUGUUGAGGCCGCAAAUCACCCUACUGAUCCAGAAGCAGAUGAGAUUUUAUCCAAGAAAGGAGUUAUAAUACUCCCAGAUAUAUAUGCAAAUGCUGGUGGUGUGACUGUUAGCUAUUUUGAGUGGGUUCAGAAUAUUCAAGGUUUUAUGUGGGACGAAGAGAAGGUCAAUAAUGAGCUCCAAAGGUACAUGACUCGGGCCUUCCAUAACAUCAAGAACAUGUGCAAGACCCACGAGUGUAAUCUCAGAAUGGGUGCCUUCACAUUGGGUGUAAACCGGGUUGCGCGUGCCACCGUCUUAAGGGGUUGGGAAGCAUAA